ACCAUUUAUUCACUCUGCUUUUUGUAUUCAAGAGAGAGAGACCCUAGUUUUGAAACAAAACCAACGCGCUGCUUAAAUAUAAAUACCAUACGUGCUUGUAUUUUUUUUUUUUCAUACCAACAAAAGAAUUUGAAUGUUUUUAACUUUUAACCAAAAUCACAUAAAUGACUCGUUGUUUAGCUUUUCUUCUUCUUCUUCUUCAUUUUCUGUUUGUGUCGUGUAGCUCAGGAGCAAAGGUUGUGACUAUUGAUGUACAAGCAGCCAAGAACCUCAUUCAGACAAAUCAUGUUUAUCUUGAUGUUAGGACGGUGGGAGAGUUUGUGAAAGGACAUGUGGAUGCAGCUAAGAUCAUUAAUAUUCCUUACAUGGUAGAUACAUCUAAGGGUAGGAUGAAGAAUCAAGAUUUUUUAAAGGAGGUUUCAUCUACUUUCAGCAAAGAAGAUUAUGUUGUUGUGGGUUGUCAAAGUGGGGUAAGAUCUCUAUAUGCAACUUCUGAUCUUCUAGCUGAUGGUUUUAAGAAUGUGAAGGACAUGGGAGGAGGUUACAUGGAUUGGGUUAGAAACAAGUUUCGAGUGAAAACACCAGAAGCCAAAGAAGAGCUAUAAUCAAUUAUGUUACAACUUUUAAAGAGUUAAUAGAAUCUACUUUUUGCUUACUCCCUCUAUUAUAAAUAAAUUUGAUAUUUUAUAUUCAACAAUUAAUUUAUUUGAUCAUAGAAGAGAGUAUCUAUGAGCUAAUUGAAAUUCAUCGGAAGAACCUGUCCAAGAAAAGGCUUACACUAUACUUAAUAUGGAUUGAAUUAUUAAUGGAUAGAUAUUUUAUUAAUUCACUACAUUUUUUUAAAAAAAUUCAAUACAACCAAUUAAAGAUAAAUUAAUUCAAUACAUCUAUUAUCAUUAGUAAAUUAAUAUCCAUUUACUCAAAAAAUUAAUUUAAAUAUAUUAAUUUAAUGUUUUUAUAAAAUGAUCUUUAUAAAAAAAAAUCAAAGAAUUUCUCUUUUGUUUUUAUAAAUAAAAAUUGAUUUGUUUUAAUUUAUGAAAAACUGAAAUUUAAAAUAUAAUUUUUUUAAAAAAAAGAAAAAAUA